GUUCUCUGUUGCGACUCGUGCGAUCUUUGGUUCAUUUGAAAACGAUCGCGAUGGCUGGCCGGCUUGCGAACAAGAUUGCGGUGGUGACGGGCGCCGGCGGUGGCAUUGGUCGUAAGAGUGCGCUCCUUUUUGCCAAGGAAGGUGCCAAGGGCGUCGUGUGCGCCGAUUUGAAUUUGGACGCCGCCAAGGAAACCGCACGACUUGUCACGGAACUUGUGGGCAAGAAGAACGUGGCGAUUGCGAUCGGAGCCGACGUGUCCAAGAGCGAGCAGUCCAAGACCAUGAUUGAUCUGGCAGAAAAGACGUUCGGUGGCCUCCACGUCUUGUUCAACAACGCAGGACUCAUGCACAGCAACGACGACGACGCAGUCGCGACCUCCGAGGAAGUGUGGGAUCUCACCAUGGCGGUGAACGUCAAGGGCGUGUUCUUUGGGUGCAAGCACGCAAUUCCUGCACUUCGCCGGUCGGGUGGGGGAUCGAUUGUCAACACGGCAUCGUUUGUGGGUGUCCUUGGGGCUGCAACGCCUCAACUAGCGUACACUGCAAGCAAAGGUGCUGUGAUUGCGCUCACGCGGGAGCUCGCCGUGAUUCACGCACGUGAAAACAUCCGAGUGAACGCCCUGUGUCCUGGUCCCCUCAACACGGAGCUGCUGCAGAAGUUUCUCGAUACGGACGAGAAGAAGCAGCGACGCCUUGUGCACGUUCCCAUGGGACGAUUCGGGGAAGCUGCUGAAAUGGCGAAAGCAGCGCUGUUCCUAGCGAGCGAUGACGCGUCGUAUAUCACAGGCACCAAGUUUCUUGUCGACGGUGGCAUCACGGCGGCCUACGUCACGCCCGAGCAAAAGGUCGAUCCGUUUGGUGGCCCCGCCGACAUUUGAUUGCCAUAAUGCAAUGCUUGUCGCCAGCUCGUCGUGUUCCAAUACCAUGAAUGCAUAUAUCCAUCGCAGUACAUCGGAGCUCAAUGUGCGCUCUGAGCUUUGGGGUUUAACGAGGAGGAGUCGCUGUCGAAG